ACUGUCAGUUCACAGCGCCUAAUAGCUCCAGCUCGUCCAACAGACAACAGUCGGAUCCACGGCUGCGUCCCAGGUUUCCUGCAUCAAGAUGAGGUGUCUUCUGUUUGGGGUUGUUCUCGGACUUCUUGCGGCCGUCCACUCAUCACCGGCACACACUGCGACCCAGAUCGCCGAGGACGAAGUCAUCCGAGAGGCCGCCACGGACGGCUUCCUGGUCGACAACCUUUUCCUCCCUUCCGGCGCGCCUGAAUCACCGGGAACAAACGUCACCGCGUCCCAGCGGCCGACCCCUGACGCGGCGGAGGGCAGCGGCGGGGAGAGCGGCGACGCGACCUCCGCGACCCUCCGGUUCGACACCACGGUCGGCUCCGCUUCGCCUCAACCCGCCGCGCCGAGCUCCCGGCCCGGCUCGACCUCGGUGCCCUCUCGGGCCGCCGGCCGCGCCGUCUCCGCCUUUGACCUCCUGAGCAACGAGGUGUCCGCCUCGGGGUCCGGCGACGGCGAGAUGUUCGGCCAGGACGCCACGGCUCCCGCGGGCACCGGCGUGGCCUCCGGCUCCGCUACGGAAGCCCCCUCCAGGGCUCGUUUCCUCGGGGAAAAGGUGCCAGGAGGCAGAGGUUCAGGCGACAGGUCGGAGCAGGAAUCCGGAUCAGAACCAAACGUGGGAACACCGAAUAGUCCACCGGCAACUUCCAAACCGGGCGGUACACCAGGAUGGAUGAUCAUUGCUGGAUUUAUUGUGGGCCUUGCAGCACUGGUAGUGAUCUUCGUGGCCAUCGCCACUAGAGACAGCUGGAACGGACCGAACCAGGCGGCACAGCUGGUGGGCAAAGCGAACCCGUCGACCCAGCAGGUGGAGCUGGAGACGUUCCUGCACAAGGAGGUCCCCAAGGAGAACGGACACGCGUCGGAAUACACCGUCAUCCCCCUAGAAGACCUUCUUCCAGAGCAAUGCCCAUCCCACUGAGGCUCAUCGAAGAAACGCACGACUCAUUCGAUUACAGCAAACCGCUCUGUGGCGGGGUGGGG